AUGGAGGUAUCUAAUAGAGAAGUAAAGCAAAUCUUGCAGAAGAUGGUGAAUGCACAAAGGAAAGAUUGGUCUAAGAAAUUAGACGACGCAUUUUGUGCGUAUAGGACUGAUUAUAAGACACCCAUAGGGACUUCUCCCUAUUACAUCAUAUUUGGGAAAGCAUUUCAUCUUCUGGCAGAAUUAGAAAACAAAGCUUAUUGGGCGAUUAAGAAGUUGAACUUGUACCCUGAGCUAGUCAAUAUAAAGAGAGUGGAUAAUUUGCAUGAACCUGAAGAGUUUAAACGUCACGCGUAUGGGAAUUUCAAGCUGUAUAAAGAGAAGACGAACAGGUGGCAUAAUAAGCACAUAGUAACUCGUACCUUCAAUCUGGGAGAGAAGGUACUACUCUUUAACUCUAGACUUAGGUUAUUCCCAUUAAAACUAAGGACGAAAUGGAGUGGACCUUUUGAAGUGGUAAGAAUGACACCACACGGGGCUGUGGAACUAAAAGGAGAGAUUGCACCUACGUUCUUGGUGAAUGGGCAAAGAGUGAAACACUACUUUGGUGUUGAUUCAGAUCAUGAUUGGGAGGCUCUUGAGAUAAAUGAUGAAUUAUCUAAGUUCUGUUGUGUUGUGAUGUUAAACCAAGCGCUACUUGGGAGGCAACCCAUGAAGUCGAUGUAA